AAAGGUUUACAUUAUUAUCAGUAUUUCAUGAAGACUUGAUUUUACCUCGGAAAAAAACUUUAUUACUUCCUGAUAUUUUAAAAAGCGCACCUUCAUAAUGUACAUCAUAUGUCUCAUUAAAAAUAGAAAAAAUAUAAAAGGUGCCGUGUUUUGUAUGGGUGAAUAACAUGGAAUUGGUACUUUUUAUGGCUCGAUUUAUAGUUUCCAGUAUUAUAUAUGAAAUUUUUCACGAAAACUAUUUUCAGAUCAUUUUAUAUCCCUACUUAUUGUCCAAACAAGACACGUCAGAAUGAGUCUUACUCGCACAAAAAUUUCCAUUUGAUCACCUAUACCGGAAGGAAAAAUUUCCGUAACUUUGUAACAGCUUAUUUCACAGUUUAAAGCUGGUUUUUACGUUUUUCAUCAGUCAGUUGUGAGCAUAGAACGAGCAAGCAAAUUUUUAAAACAGUAAAGAUAUUUAAAUUAAAUAGUGAAAGUAUUUAGCUAUGAACCAAAUUCCGUUUAUAAAAUUCAAUAACGGGCAACUGUAUCCACUGUUUGGAUUGGGUACCUGGAAGUCUAAACCUGGCGAGGUUACUGAAGCAGUUAAACAUGCAAUUGACGUUGGAUACAGGCAAAUUGAUUGCGCUCACGUUUAUGAAAAUGAAAAAGAAGUUGGUGCUGGCAUUGCAGUAAAAAUUGCAGAAGGAAAGGUAAAAAGGGAAGAUCUGUAUGUUACCAGUAAAUUAUGGAACACUUAUCAUCGUCCAGAUCUCGUUGAAGGUGCUCUGAAGCAAACUUUAAAUGAUUUGGGUUUGACGUACCUGGAUUUGUACCUUAUUCAUUGGCCUUUUGCUUUUAAAGAAGAGAAUGGUUUAUUCCCCACCGAUUCUGAUGGUAAUUUGAUUUAUAGCGAUGUAGACUAUGUUGAUACAUGGAAGGCACUGGAAAAGGUGUGCCAAAAAGGUCUCACUAAAGCCAUUGGUAUUUCGAAUUUCAACAAAAGGCAAAUUGAACGAAUAUUGAAAAAUGCCACUAUAACGCCUGUAACUAAUCAGAUUGAGUGUCAUCCCUAUCUGUCUCAGAAGAAGUUAUCUGUCUACUGCAAAUCAAAAGGUAUUGCCAUAACGGCAUACAGUCCGUUAGGAUCUCCUGACAGACCGUGGGCUAAACCGGACGAUCCUAAAUUGUUGGAUGAACCAAAACUUAAAAAGAUAGCUGAAAAAUACGGCAAAAGUCCUGCUCAGAUAGUGUUACGAUAUCAAGUUCAACAGGGGCAUAUUACUAUUCCUAAAUCUGUGACCAAACGAAGGAUCGAAGAGAAUAUUAAAAUCUUUGAUUUUGUUUUAACCCCCGAGGACAUGGGAUACAUUGAUACGUUUGAUUGCAAUGGAAGAAUUUGUCCGUAUGAUGAAGCAAAAACGCACAAGGACCAUCCGUUUGUAAACGAUGAGUAUUAAGUAAUUUGUAAAACUAUAAUUUAUUGGAUUUUAUUUAAAGGGCUUAAUUGAUUAUUUCAUUUAAAAAAUGGUCUGUAAUGUAAAUUGUUGUGUAAUUUAAAUUAAAUGUGAAAGCGAAUUGGUAUUUAAAUAUAGUACAAUAGAUUAUGAAAUUGCAAAAGCAUAAACGACCGUCGUUACUUAAA